AUGGGGCCACCUGCUCUGCUCAGGUGUAAUGUUAGAGUGAGUGUCAGCAUUCUCUUUGAAGUGGGGAGGACAGAUAAUAGAGCGACGGGACCAGGUUUUUGGGGUGGGAAAGUCCAGGAUAACAUCUCAGCACCAAGACAGGAGAGUCUCAGGGAGGACGGACCAGAGCAGCCUGAAUGGCUGGUUCGAGAGCUUUUGAGAGUGAAUGUCCGAAGGCACUCUGUCACACUGGGAGAAGACGAUGAAAUCAUACGACGACAACACCACAGAAUUUGCUCAACUCGCAGACUCUGCAGCCUCAAGGGUCAGUUCUGCUCGCACAUGCUGCAGAAAUACAAGGAGAAGCAGGAAACUGCAAGGCGCAGCAAACAGGUGGCGUUCACCCUGCCGGCCACCGUGAAGUCGCUGUGCCAUGGCAUCGCCGUCGUCAACAUCCACUCCGCCCACGAUGGCACCAUGGUAUCAGUGGGAGAGGACGGGGUUCUAUGCCACUGGAGCCCUGAACUUAAACCACUCAGGACCAAAAACAUCUUUAAUGAAGGACCUGCAAACAGGAAGUCAAAGUGGGCAAGCGAUUUUACUCUGAUGACUGAGUUAAACAAGCUGAUGAUUGGAACAGGGGACAGAGAGAUCCAACUAUAUGAGCUUUCCACCCUGGAGCCUUAUUGCCAGAUCAAUGCACUCGACGCGGUGCCUUUGACAGUAGACUAUGGAAAUACUGGCCCUGAUAAAUGUUGUAUCCUGUACGGAGAUACAGAAGGAUGUGUGAAUAUCAUUUUAAUAUCCUCUGUUGGCGAUACCCUCAGAUUAUGGAAUAAAUUACCAAAGAUUGAAAAUAUGCCCAACAUAGCGGCUGACAAUGCCGUGCUAUCUCCCAAUGUGACAUUUGUCAGAUGGAAGGUUCAUCACGACUGGGUGACAAAGGCAAAAUAUUUUCCAAGUUUUCAAGCUGUUGUCUCCUCAUCAAAUGAUGAAUCCUCCUCCCUCGUUAUAGAUGCUGAGCAGCAGUUGAGUGAGAUCACAGAGGUCUGCUAUGAAGGUAAGACCAAGAAGGUCCAACUGAGCUGGACUCCACAGCUCCGGGCAUCAUGCGACCAGACCGUUUUCCCCGUCUACAAAGGUGUCAAGACCUUUGAUUUGUGUCGGACACACAGCUUACUGGUCACUGGAGGCAUGGACAGACUCAUACGCAUGUGGAACCCACAUUUCUCUGGGAGACCAACCGGGGUUUUGAAAGGCCAUUCUGCUCCCGUCGUCUACCUCCACAUCUUGUCAGAGGACAGUCAGAUCUUGUCUGUCUCCACAGACAACACAGUUAAAAUCUGGGAUAUUCAAGACCAGCAUUGCCUGUUUACAGCAGAACUCAAAGCCAGCGGGAUUCAUGGCGACAUGUCUGCAUGCUCGUACUCCUCUGCUCUGAAAUGCUUCUACGUUGCAGCAGACUGUAUGGCUGUGCUCUCCCUGAAGAUACGGCCACGGCUUCACAGCCGGCUGACUGUUUCACAUGAUGAGACUGUAAUGUGCUGCGGCUACAGCGAGGAGUUUCGUCAGGUUGUCAGCUGCGCUGGGAGAUCUGUGGUGAAAGUCUGGGAUUUUGACACUGGGCGUCAAGUUUUUGAGUUUGGUAGCACAAAUGAUCUGUCUGCCACCACAUGCAUGACCUUUGACCCCAACGGGAGGAGACUCAUCACAGGUGGGAGAGAUGGUGGUUUGAGGAUCUGGAACUUCAACAAUGGUCAGUGUCUAAAGACACUUAGGAAGCAGGGUAAAUCUCACGAAGUGUAUGACUGCAUCUUUCUGCAAGUUAACAGGAAUUUCUAUGUGACGUCUGUCGGCCGGGCUCGGAAGAUAGACAUUUACCCGGACAAACCCGAGGACCUUCAUCACAUCCAGAGACCACAGCCCACAUGGCAAGAUGAUCUGAGAAAUGGCCAUAGGGAGGACAUCCUGUGUGUGGUGCAGUGUCCCCCAUCCCUCCUAGCCACCAGCAGCUAUGAUGGAGAGAUCAUAGUGUGGGACGUGGUUACUGGACGUGUACAAUGUCGGUUUGUCAGCCCUCUUCUCGCUGAAAACCGAAAUGUUGGAGAGCUGGAUUUAAGUGUUCCAAGCAUCAUCUUCAUGAAGCACUCAAAGUUACACCAGUUUUUUUCGGCAACAGCUCUGCUGUCUUCCGGAGCCUUGGGUUGUGUAAAUCUAUGGGACGUGCUCAGUGGAGGAAAAUGUGUGGGCAGCUUCAAAGCUUCUAGAUUCCAACAAAAGAUUACAAAAAUGGCUAAAACCGACAAGGACACGUUGCUGUAUGCCGCAGAUCGAACUGGUUAUCUGUAUGUAUACGACAUAGAGAAGUUUGCCCCUGAGCAAAAAUCACUUCAAGCUGAAAACCUCUGGCGUGCCCACACCGGCAGAAUCACUGGGCUGCAGAUUGUUGACAAUGAUCAAGUGGUGCUUACCUCAUCCUCUGACUACACUGUUCGCCUUUGGAGUGCACACGGAGAAUUCAUAGGGACCUUUGGGCAGUCCGAAAGCUGGGGCGUCCACAUCUCCUCUUCUUGGAAACAUCCUGCUGUGCCCUACGAGGUGCUGAUUGAUCCUCUGAGUACGCCUGAUCUCGAAAGUCUAACUGUGGACACACGUCUUUCUGAUGCCAUCAAUCCUGACAAGACUAGGGCGCAUGGCGGUGAAGCAAAGUCAGAGACACACAGGAAGCUGAAACUUUCCCCAACAUCCGUCAGGGACACAAAGAUUGGGGAAGAUUAAAAGGCACAUUUCACCCAGAGGAACAC